AUGCACAAUCAGGAAGAGUGGCUAGACAAGGACAAAACUUUGGUGAACGAAGAAGAAAAUACUUGCAUCAACCAUUCUUAUACAAAAAAGGACACUAAUAACUAUCGGGUCGGUAAAAGCGGUAUUAAGGACUUGAAGAAGCCUACGAACCAGAAGGAAAUUGCGAUAAAAAAUAGGGAGUUAACGAAACAACUUACUCUUCUCAGGCAAGAAAAUAAUCACUUACAGCAGGCUUGUAAAAUUCUCAGCGAAAACAAGAUCAUUGAGAACAGAAAAUCCAUAGAAAAAUGGAGGACAAUUUGUGAGAUGGAACUGUCUUUUAUUUUAAAUUCCACUUUAAUCAAAAUCAAUAGAAUGGGCGGCUAUAAAGAUUUUCUAGAAAAAGAAAUGGAGGCUAAAAAGAGAAGAUUGGAAUAUCAGAUUGACAACGGUAUGGAAGAUCAAAUCUGUGAAAUAAAGGAAAGUGAUGACUUUAGACAACUUUCAGAAGUUGAGAAACAAGAGUGGGAGAGUCAAAUGAAUGAACAGCUGAAAGAGUUGGAAAAAAAAAAAAUAGCGGAGCUGGAAAAAUUGAAUAAGGUGCUGCAUGAUAGCGAAGGGAAAGAUUUUGGAAUGGCUGAACUAUGCACUAGGUUAAAACUUGACUACAGCUUAAUCUUUCCACAAUGA